AUGUCUCAACCCAACUCCGACACUGACACCAACAUCCAGUUGAAUCAAAAUGAUGCUAAUGUUGACAACUUCACCAAUCAGAUCAAACAGCAUGAAGAAAAUAUUGAAUUUCUUAAUUCUCAAUCGAAUCGCUUAUCUGAAUCUGUUCUUGACUUACAAGUGGGUCUUGGAAGGUAUCAUUCUGGUAAUGUGGUUACAUCAGAUAAUGGGAACGGUGCAUUUCGUACAGAAGAGGAAACUGUGGAACAGAUAUUGAAGAAACAGAACUCUGCUGCCAGCAUAUUUUGUUGGAUAAAAGCUAAUACUCAGACAUCAAAUUUGGCUUUUGUAAAGGAUGCUCUUGGUGUUGUGGCUACCCUUGCCAGGGUUGUGAAUGAUGAUCUCAGCAGGAUCCUUUCUGAGUAUGUGGGAUUGGAGACUAUGCUUGCAAUUGUCUGCAGUACUAAUGAAGGAGUUAAAGCACUGGAGAAGUAUGAUCCAGAAGGCACAAUAAACUGUAAUGGUGGUUUGCAUGGAAUUGGAUCUUCAAUUGGAAAAGUAAUAAACGGCCGAUUUGUUGUCAUAUGUCUUGAAGAUUUAAGACCAUUUGUUGGAGGUUUUGUUGACGAAGAUCCACAAAAGAAGUUGGCUAUUCCGAAGCCGAAAUUUCCAAAUGGGGAGUGCCCUCCCGGGUUUCUUGAUUAUGCAGUAAACAUGAUCCAUCUGGAUUCAAAUAGAUUGUCAUAUCUUACUACAACUGGGCAUGGUCUUAGAGAGACACUGUUUUAUAGCCUUUUUUCUCGCCUACAAAUAUAUAAAACCCGGAACGAAAUGAUGCUUGCUCUUCCAUGCAUUACUGAUGGAGCAUUGUCAUUAGAUGGUGGAAUGAUCAAGAAAUCUGGCAUCUUUGCUUGUGGUAGCAGAAAUGAUGUAGAAGUAAAGUUUCCUCUAAUAGGCGGAGAAUCUGACGUACCACCAGAUUAUACUGAGGCUGAAGGUAUGGUGAGGAGGCUGAAAUGGGAAACCUCUAAACUUGCUGCUGAUAUACAAAGAGAGCAGCAGUUACUGGACUUUAGAAAGAGCAACUCCACAAGCCAAGACUAA